GUCGACCAGUAGUCCACCUGACCACACAUGCAAUCGAACUUCGACAAUGCCGAACCGGAAAAUAGAGUAAUUGGGCGGACAAUUCGAUUAUCGAAGAUUCCUAUAUUGGCGAUCUCCAUUCUAUAUUGUUAAUAUUAGGAGCGCGCAUUGAUAGCUGUGUUUAGUUAAGGUAAAGAGGUAAAGUGCUAAAAGCUUAUACAGUCUCUGUAUUUGACACGGAAACUGUUGUGAUGUAUGAAGAUUUAGUAUUUGGGAUCAAAAACGACAUGUUUCUUAUGUGAAAAUGAUAUAUUCUGUGGUAAUUGGAACUUUAGAAAUAGGGUACUGUACCAUGUCAAGAUACUGACGAAAUAACGGAACCAUGAGGCAGUACGUUGACCGAUGCUUUUCUAUUCUUGUUCUCUGUCUUCCGUCGUUACUUGUGAGCAUCCAAAGUAGAAAAUCAAACUGUACGUUUCCGGAAUUUCUGGAAAGGGACAAGUUAUGGCGCAGUGGGACGGAUGGUCACGACUCCGAAAAUAUGUACUUCAAUGGAGAUUAUAUCGACAUAAGGCAAAAUGAUCUACGCUUUGAAAAACGAUGUCAUGAGAUGAUAAACCGUGAAAAGGGAAUUUACUUAGUGGCCCACCUUCCUAAACAAGGUGGUGUGAAUGUUCGGAUAUCAUAUUCUUGUAUUCAGUUUCUUAAAAGAUCGGACUCUGUUGUUCAGAUUAGAGAAUCUAACCCAUCAGAAUUUACACUUUCAAUUUGUAAUGAGCAAAACAUGAUACUGAAAAAUCGUCCCAUCAUCAAGUAUCCUUUAAAUGAUAACCCGUCUAUAAAAUGUCCUUUUUCUGGAGGUUAUAAUUUAAAAAUCACUUACAAGAUGGAAUUAGUAUGUGGAUUUUCUGUCAUCCCUCCUCGAAUGGAAAGCGAAUGCGAGGAUGGGGACGGAGUGACACUGGAUUUUAGAACAAGGGAGUGUAAACUGGAUGACGUCCACGGACUGAAAGAGAAACUAAGAUGUUUGGCAUCGUGGACCGACAAAUCAGCGGAAGAUAAUUACACCUUUGUGGUUUUAGCAAAUGACCAAAGGUUUCCAUUGUGUAUGAGACUUGAAGGAAAUUUGUCCGAUUUAAAAAGAGCUACCAUUUUCCGUGAUGGUAAAUGUGUGGUCAAUGACAGAGAUAGCUAUUCGCAGACGAUAGAAAGGGUGAAUUUAGAAUUCGAAAAGAUGGUAGUUUCAAAUCUCUGCGAAAACGAGUUUGACUAUUGCUCCCAAGAAUCAGCUUGCUCCAAGUAUCAAAAAUAUUGUCACAAAUCAUGUCGAGGCUGCCAACCUGAAACAAACGUCUGCUCGUUUCCUGAGGAUUUGAAAGGGGCUUGGCACACCGAUCUGAAAUCAAAACCAAUUGACAUGAAUAUAUCUACAUAUAACUUGCAAUUGCCAGGUGAUGGUAACUUUAAGUGUGUUGGAAGAGCCAACUCAACAAGGGAAAGGGUCUACCGACUAGCUUUGCUACACAUUUUCGAAAACGGUUGUUUUCCUAGAAUGACGUGUUUUGAAUACGAAAAGACAUCGAAAAUGACGCUACAGUACAAAUUUGGAACUAGAGUUGAAUGGCCACAGUUUCCAUUACAUAAAAUGAUUCUUACAACUUGCCUAGAUAACCAGCUGAGAAAACCGUUUUCAGUGGCGGUAAAUGGAGCCCAAAUCUACACCACCAGUUGCCAACUGCCCAGUGACUUUGGAUUCAAAUCUGGUCAUAUCUAUCUUCGGGACUCUAAUUCCAGGGAUUAUUGCAUUGCAUACUAUGAAUCUGGUUUAAGUGGCAAAUUCAAUAUGGUGGAUAUUAACAAAACAGAACCAGUGAACAGGGAACAUAUGUGUUUGUCUUCUGAAGAAUCCAAAGAUGGCAGCAUUCUUGUGGUGACGGUAUCGUUUGCUGAUCGUUCUUACAAUUGUUGGGCUUUUAUGGGAAAGGGACACAAGCGGAGAAUAAUCCAGCUGAGUUUUGAAGACUGCAACAAAGGCAGUCUCGAUUCACUGAUCAAUGGCCAAUAUACACCUAUUAACUCUUUCAUUGUGUUAGAAGAACCUAAAAAUGUAUGUACCUUAAUGAUUGACAUUGCAACAGAACCCGGACCAUUUCGCACUCCCUCGGUUUCAAACCCGCCAUCGCCAUCGAAGCAGACGACCCCACCCGUCUACAGGACGCCAUCUGAGCCCGGGUCAAUUUCUGCAGGUGACCCCAAUAGUAGUUCUUGUGCGCAUUCUCGCAUACUUCUUUUGUUACUGUCCUCGCUCAUUAUUUGUGCGUGUCUCUGAUAUGUAUAUGUGUGCUAAAAUUGCUCAAAUGCUGGAGACCAAAGUUAAAGGCACCAUUAUUGUCAAAAGAAAAACUCUGAAGUUACGGUGAUUUACAAAAGAAAAGCCUUAAGAUAAAGCGAAUGUCCAAAAAAGUAUAAAGCUAGAGUGUUUGUCAUAAGAAAAGUUUAAAGCUACCGUGAAUGGCCAACAGAAAAGUCUCAAGUUGAGUUUGUCGAAAGAAAGACUCGGAAAGUGACAGUGGUGCGCAUCCGGAGAGAAAAAUUGGCUUUAUAAUGCCGGACCCUGAGACAAAUUGUUAAGUUGGUUUACAAUUCUGUAUAGUACACUGUGUAUAUGGAAAGUGAAUAGUGACUGCCUGUGAUAUAUUGUACAAAACUUCAUAGAACUUCACCUUCGCUGACUUUAAAGAUAUUUGAAAGAAAUUGCUCUAGAAUUUAAGCCCUAAAAGUAAUUAGUCCUUAUUCCACGUGUAAAAUGUCAUUGAAAUGUAUUCCAAAUGUUGAGUUUCAUGGUUUGCGUAAAAACGUAUAAUGUAGGAGAGAAAAGCUAACAGAGAAACAUAAGGUCUUGGGUAGGUCAGAUUGUCGUACAUAAAGAUAUAAAUCGCCUUGUAUUCUUGCUUUUUCUCUGGGUCUUCAAGAAAGCCAUUUUCAACUUAAAGUAUUCGACUUGUUUAUUUACUAUUUUUGUUUUGAUGUUGGAUUUCCUGAAAUCGGGUGUUUGGAGUUUGGACAUUACUAGUAGUAUCUUCACGUACGUGGUGCUUCAAGUAUGCAAUGACUAAAUUCUGCCAAGAUUUAACCGAUGUGAAAAAGAAAACAAAAAUUCACCGUAUCGGCUUUGAAGGAUCGACUUGUUUAUACAUAUCUAUAAGUAAAAAAAAUCAUUAUUCUGAAAAAGAUUUUUAGUUUUCAAAUGAGAAUACCCCGAUCAUUCAAAUUUUCCUUCACUAGUUCCCUGAAAUUAAACGUUCAUUAGGCGUAUGUCGAUCGAGCAUUAAUGUUUUAUAGUGGUUUAUCAAUAUAAUGUUUAAAAUUCGUAAUUUUUUUUCAUGCUAACAAGUUAAUAAAAUAGAAUGCAAUUAAUUAAUAUUGUGAAUGAUGAAAAAAAAGUGCAAGUAUACAUGCAUGUGUUUAGUUCGGUACAUAUUUUGUCACAAUUUUUUUUUCGUGUGUGUCAAUUUUUCGUAUAUAUACAAGAUAUUUCUUUGAUUGGUAUGGUCGUUUUUUAUUUAUCAUUCUGGCUUUAAAAGCUAAAAUAAAUUCACAAUUCAUAGAGUGAAUGGGGUGUUCUGUGUGUGUAAGAAAAAAAUCUUUGUAAGGUUGAGUAAUCCAAAAUGGAAAUUUGUCAAUAUUUGCAGUUAAUUUGCAUUAUGUUUGUAAUGAAAGUGACAACCAGUAUGCACUUAUUUCUGUGAAACUUAUUAAACAUUAUUGCAUUUUCACAGUUUAAGCAUGUUAUCUCAUUUUUAUCGAUAUAUGUUUUUUUAAUAUUGUGAUAUACAGGUGUCAAAAUCUCUUAUAUUUGUUUUAAAUGUUUUAGGUCUAAUUCCAUGCUUUUAAGAAUUUAGAACAUUAUUACAUAUAAUGUGUAUUAUUGCUUGUGAUCAGAAUAACAUUACAUAAUUUCUUAAUUUUUUUUUUUGUUUAUAUAUAAAAGAUGAAGGUCAACAGUAUUUCAUUGGAAGCCGAACUUACAUGUACAUACAUGUAUAUUUAACUUCUUCUUAUUGUUUACCAACUUGGUGUGUUAUAUAUCUGCGCGUUUAUUUCUUGUCACAAAUUGAUUUGAUUCUACGAUGCUAAAUUCGAAUAAAAAUAAGAAUAAA